CCAGGUCUAUUUUGGAUUGGACGUGUAACCAGACCAUAAUUUGAUACGCCAAUUGAGAAUUUUAAUAAAUAAACAAUACGUUUCUAUUUUUCCAUUCCAACCAUUUUAUAGUGGAUCAAACAUGGAAAUGCCACAUUUUGCGACAGUACCGGAGCAGCCCAACCUACCAUAUACUGGGAGUAGCAAUGUCAACAAUACGGACACAGUCACAGAGCACGUGAACAAUGAAAAACACAAUAAACAUAUUUCUUCAACUCAAAUGCGACCGUUUGAAAAGUCAACGUUGACAGUUUCGGAGGAAGAAGGGGCUGCUUCUAGUACAUCGUACUCAUUUACGGGCAGUUCUCUUGCUGGUGGAAACAUUGCUGAUUUGAAGAAAUCUGGCGAUCCUGGGACUGCACAGUCAGGAUCGCCUGACUCUGAACCUGGCUUAAGUGCCAAAACCAAGGACACACCCGGCAACAGUUCUACCGAUAAAGAACAAAGCGAUGAGUCACUUUAUGAGUGUAACAUAUGUUUGGACACAGCAAAAGAUGCCGUGGUUAGUAUGUGUGGGCAUUUGUUCUGCUGGCCCUGCUUACACCAGUGGCUAUUAACGCGCCCCAGUCGUAAACUCUGCCCAGUAUGCAAGGCUGCAGUGGACAAAGACAAAGUCAUACCACUUUAUGGGCGAAAUAGCACGCGACAAGAGGAUCCUCGCAAUAAAGUUCCCCCACGACCUGCUGGCCACCGCACCGAGCCAGAGCCGGCGCCUGGUUUUCCUGGCUUUGGAUUUGGUGAUGGUUUUCACAUGUCGUUUGGUAUUGGCGCUUUUCCUUUCGGUUUUAUUACAUCCUCACUAAAUUUUGGUGAACCGCGUCCGCCUGCUGCCAAUCGAGGCACCACGCAAUACGAGGACGAACAGACACUUUCCAAGCUGUUUCUUUAUUUGGCCUUUCUGUGCAUCGGAUGGCUGCUCUUUGCAUAAAAUCUGCCGACAGCUGUAUAUGAGAAUGACAACAACAACAUUGACAUUAAACCGUUAAGAUGGAAAACACAAUAAUAAUAGGUUCCAACAGCGAAAUUUCAAUGGAAAGGAUUUGGAUUGCAAUGGAUUUCGUUGAGUAUAUUGGUUAUAAUGCGAUUAAAUCACAAGAAUUCAUAAGAAACAUUUAGCGUCCUGAAUAAAGAAAAACAAAAUGAGUUUAGUUCGCCUCAACGCCCUUCUCAAAAAACCCACGAGUUGUCCCGAAAUGUUAAUUGAAACCUAUUAUUUCUGUAUGCUCUUGAAUCGCCUUUAUAUAUUAAUAACUAUAAAUUAGCUGUACAAAAAAGAUAUAUGGAAAUACAUAAUUUACUAAAU